GUGUUUUUUUUUAUUGUUUACGGUUUAGUUGGGUUUACACAUUACGAAUUACGAUUUCAAUUUACCGAGCGGUGCGCCGGUUUUAAUUUUAGUUUUGACGUUAAACCAAUUUAUAACUAUCUUAUUAUUUCAUAAUUGGAAAUUGUAUAUUAUUUAAUAUUUAUGAUAGUUUUGCGCCAGACGUGUAAAUAGCCACUACAAAAAAAUGUUCUAUCAUAUUGCACUGGAACACGAUGUACUGCUUCAUCCUCGGUACUUCGGUCCACAGUUAUUAGACACAGUAAAACAAAAGUUGUAUCGUGAAGUCGAAGGCACGUGUACUGGAAAGUAUGGAUUUGUAAUUGCUGUUACCCAUAUUGACAAUAUUGGUUGCGGAUUAAUUCUGCCUGGUCAAGGAUUUGUUGUAUACACCGUGAAAUAUAAAGCUAUUGUUUUCCGACCUUUCAAAGGCGAAGUUUUGGAAGCUGUAGUUACUCAACUUAACAAAGUAGGAAUGUUUGCAGAAAUUGGACCACUUUCCUGUUUUAUAUCUCAUCAUUCCAUACCAUCAGAGCUGCAAUUUUGUCCGAAUACUUCACCUCCAUGUUAUAAAUCGAAAGAAGAAAAUAUAGCAAUACAACCAGAAGACACAAUAAGAUUAAAAAUUGUUGGAACACGUGUUGAUGCAUCUGGAAUAUUUGCUAUCGGUACAUUGAUGGACGAUUAUUUAGGAUUAAUCCAUUAAGAAGACAAGAACACAUCAAAUUAAUUUUUUUUAUUGUUUACUGUAUAUAAUGUAUAAAUAAAAUAAAAAAAUAAAAAAAUAAUUUUUUUUGUAUGUAAAAUUAA